GGCUCAGACAGAAGGAGCCUCAGACCGGAGCGUGAUCUGCGCGCGAGACACAGAGGACUCACCGGAGGCGCGUGCACGGGUGGACUCACGGCUCUCGUUCAUUGUGUGUCUGAUUCUUCGUACGGGACAUGUCUGUGUCCGCGCGGGUCGCUCUGGCUCCAGCCCUCCUCCUCCUCCUCCUCUCCUCUCCUCCGCGGUGUGUUCAGGGCCUCCUCCUCGUCUCCGUUCAUCCCAGCUCUCCUCUCUUCUCUCUGGGCUCUCGCGCUCAGCUCGUCUGCUCCGUUCAGGGAUGCUCCGGAACUCCCACCAUCAGAUGGGCUCCUCCCGACGACCGCCCGCUCAUGGCUAGCAUCAGCGCUAAUUCCACGCACUCCACCGUGACCUUUGACCCCGUGCAGAUAGAACAUGACGAGUCGCUGCUGUGCAUAGCGAGCUGUGCGGGAGAGACGAGGAAGAUCAUAAGUAAAGUGCGGGUUUACUCGCUCCCGUCUUCUCCUCUGGUGUCUGGUCCGGUCUCAGUCCCGGUCUCGGUCCAGUCGUCUCUGGUCUGUGAGGUCAAGGACACGUACCCCCCCGAGCUCCUAACCCUGGUCUGGAUCAGGGGCAACCGGACCCUGCUCAGCACCACCGGGGAAUCUGGGUCUACGGUGGUCCGGUCCAAACUAGACUACACCCCCCACAGACCGGACUUCAGGGACCAAGACCAGAACCUGGAGUACAUCUGCAGGGCCUGGAUGGACCUGCCCCAGCUCAGUCCAGACCAGACCAUCAGAGAGACCAGAGUCCAAGUCCAACUGAUGUCCCCGCCCACAAACGUCUCCUUAUUGGCCAGCCCAGAGCAGGUGCUGGAGGGGCGGAGCCUCACACUCACCUGUCAGUCAGACGGAGCCCCGCCCCCUACACUGGUCCUGAGCAGGAAUGGGGCGGAGCUUCACAGAGAGAAUUCCACCCACUUCCUGUCCUUCAACCUAUCGUCUGCUCAGCUGCAAGACUCCGCCCACUACCAGUGUGAAUCCACCAAUCAGUACGGAGCAGCGCGGGACGCACGUGACAUCAGCGUCAGAGCCCCGCCCACAAACGUCUCCUUAUUGGCCAGCUCGGAGCAGGUGCUGGAGGGGCGGAGCCUCACACUCACCUGUCAGUCAGACGGCGCCCCGCCCCCUACACUGGUCCUGAGCAGGAAUGGGGCGGAGCUUCACAGAGAGAAUUCCACCCACUUCCUGUCCUUCAACCUAUCGUCUGCUCAGCUGCAAGACUCCGCCCACUACCAGUGUGAAUCCACCAAUCAGUACGGAGCAGCGCGGGACGCACGUGACAUCAGCGUCAGAGCUCACCCUCUCCAGGUCAGUGUUCUUCAGCAUGUGACCGUCGCAGACUCGGGUUCGUCUCUGGUCUUGACGUGUGAGACUCAGGGCUGCUCUCAGACUCCGGUCUUGACCUGGACUAAGACCGGCCCAGAUCCCGGUUUAGGUCCCGGUCCGGUCCUCCUGAGGACCAGAGACCGGACCGGGUCCAGACUGGUCCUUCAGGACUUGGACCUGCAGGACUCGGGGGCGUACAGCUGUGAGGCCCAGUGUGACUCAGUGACCCGGAGUGGGAAGACCCAGGUCCAAGUGUACGCGUUCCCGUCUGACCCGCUCCUCCUCUCCUCCUCUGGUCCCGUCGUUCUGGGUCACGAUGCAGUUUUCUUCUGCUCCGUGUCCAGCGUUUACCCGGCGUCCCGGCUCCGGCUGCAGUGGCUGAUGGGAAACGAGUCCGUCCAGAGCGAGGGCGGUUUUCCUCAUUCGGAGACGCUCCGGAACGUCUCAUCCGAACUGAGACUGGAUCCGAGCACAAUCCAGAACCUUCUACAGACCCAGAGGAACCAGACGAACGAGGCCCAGAGCCCAGGACAGAGGCUGAGCUGCCGGGUGGAGAUGUUGACGGAGGAGGGGGAGGUGUGGAGGACCAGGACCACCUCCACACACAUACACAUACACUACCCGCCUCAGACCUUGUCCCUGUCCGUGAUCCCGGAGCAGGUGCUGGAGGGGCGGAGCCUCACACUCACCUGUCAGUCAGACGGAGCCCCGCCCCCUACACUGGUCCUGAGCAGGAAUGGGGCGGAGCUUCACAGAGAGAAUUCCACCCACUUCCUGUCCUUCAACCUAUCGUCUGCUCAGCUGCAAGACUCCGCCCACUACCAGUGUGAAUCCACCAAUCAGUACGGAGCAGCGCGGGACGCACGUGACAUCAGCGUCAGAGCUCCUCCCAGGAUCACUUCGGUCCUGGUUCUUCCGUCCUCGGUGGUCUUCGAGGGACAGAAUGUGACCGUUUGCUGCUCGUCGGUCUGUGCCCCGCCCCCUUCAGUGUACCUGACCAAACUGACCAAUGGGACGCAGCGACACUCUCCGGACGGCACCUUCCUAUUGGUCAAUGUGUCGGCGCAGGACUCAGGGCUGUACCAGGUCAACGUGAGCAACGAACUGGGCUACGAAGUACAUGUCUUCUCCAUCAGUGUCAGAGAGCGCCGCAGCAGGAGGCCCGUCCCGUCUCCAGACCUCUCUCUCAUCCUCCUCUCGUGUCUCUGUGCGGCGGUGGGUCUCUCUUUGGCGGCUCUUUUCCUCGAGUACAUCCGGCGAGCGAGGAAAAAAGGCUCGUACAAACUCGCCCGCUCGUACCCGGAGUCAAACCCCGAGUCCAACCCCGAGUCCACGUGAGGAGACGCGGCCGAAAGCCACGUUUACCGAGUCGUGGCUCACACCCGAGACUCCAGGGGGCGCUACUGAAGUCCAACGAUCGCACCGUCCAAUCACAUCACAUCCUGUUGUCUAAAGAGUGUUUUUAUUCAUCAUCGGUAUCAGUAUCGGGAUCAGUAUCGAGUCUGGAGUCUGCAAAGAGGUGAAAUCUCUUGCCCAAGGACACAAUGUCAGUACGCGCUCGCCUCAAUGAAGGUUUGAACCACUUACUCUUUGGUUAAGGGGCGAACGCUUAACCCGCUGUGCCUGUUUUUGAGUGAAAGAAGGAGCUCCGUCGCUUCUGAGCCAAACCACAGCCUGAAACGUGGCUAACGCAAGCCACAAGUUUGACGUAAACACUGUGGAGAUGCUAGGACAAUGCUAACGUGAAGCUAAACGUGGCUAAAUGCUAAGUUUCAUUUAGCGCCAAGCAAAAAAACUAUAACGCUUUCCGGGAUUCAACGUCUGAACUCUGACCUCUGAGGACAACUGGAACGCAGCACGAAAGCAGAUUUUUGGCUAAUCUUGGCUAAUAGCAUUUUUUUUUGUUGCUAACGUGUUGCUAAAAUUUGCUAGUGGAUAAAAAAAUAUUAAGACUAAAGAUUUGUGUUGGUCCAAAAUCAUGAUAAUCAGAUUAUUGUACGUAACUGUGAAAUGUGAAGCCACUGUGGAACAUUUAUUAAACCCUCCACAGUAAAAGUCACACAAUGCACCUUUAGCUUGGCUUUUUGGCUAAUAUAUGCCUCCAUUUUUGUGUGAAAUAAUAAUAACAAUAAUAAUAAUCUAAACAUAUUUAUAAUCGUGUAGGUCUGACAUUAUUAUAACUCAAAUUACUCUUUUGUAACUGAAACGUGAAGCUUCUCAUUUGUGCCCGAUACUUUGCAGUGACGUCGCGCUGGGGGUAUUCCUCCUGUACGUCUAGGGCGGAAUGUUCAGCAGUUGCCGUGGUGACGCGAUGCCGGGAAAAUGUUUAAAGAUCUGCCUGAAAAUUUGAGAAAAAAAACACCAAAACAAAACACAAAUUGGAUUUAAACGGCACAUUUUCAGGACGGCGAGAGCGGCUGUGAAACCGUUGGCUAACGCUAGCUAGCUUGAAAGACGCGUUUAACAGCACAAAUCUCACUUAUUGCGGUUUCAGCUAAGUCGUCUCCUUCUGGUCAGAUUGCGCUAAAAUAAAGCCUCAGACGGAGCGGUGCCCCCAGUUAGCGUCACGCACACGGAGAACGUUGAUGACAUCAGAGCGUCAGUAACGUUAGCUUAGCGGCUUGUACCGUUUUGAUGUGUCUGUUGUUUUUAAUGGGACAAAGACAACAGGAAGUGAACCGUCCGUUUGUUGCUAAGCGACGUGUGCCUCGAUCAGAGUAAAGUUCCACUGUAAAUGUGUUUUUCAUGUUAUUUUCUGUUCGUCAUAUCCGCCGGUUUCAGAAAUACAAAAACUGUUGCCAAAGUUGUAAAAAGUCCUCAAAAUGGCGCCAAUAAACAGGAGGCUGAAACCCAUGAAUUUAAUCGACUAUAACAACGCAACGUUCGGCAGAAAAUGGCGCCUCAUUUUGAUCAAACUCAACUUUUAAAUCAACACCGAUGUUUUUUAUUUUUUAGCAGUGAUCAGGAAAUCCACAGAUGGAUCUUUAAAACUCUUCGAUUAUUAAUCAUCGUUUUUGAAGUUCCAGAGAUAAAACGACAAACAACAAACGAUAAAAUUUAUAUUAUUCAAAAGCCGAUUUCUUUUGUAAUCAAACUGUUGAUAUCGGGAGUCUCAAACUCGCGGCCCAGGGGCUAAUUACGGCCCACGAGGCAAUAUUUUGUGGCCCGCAGGACAAUAUGAAAGUGUAAUGUUAGUGCGGCGUUAGCAUGCUGCGCGUAGAAGGUUCCGCCAAAUUGGUAAACACACGUGUCACUCGCGCUGUGUACUCCCGUCACAAACGAUACAACAAAUUACGAUGUAUAACCAUAAAAGCCACAAACCCCCAGCCAAACAGGAAGUGAUCGUGGGCGCACUUCCUGUUCCAUCGAUUAGUCACAGGUUCAGCGUUUGUGGUUUCACCUUUUGGAUGUUUCAUGAUAAAGUCCAGUGUAAGUUUGAGUGUGAGUUUAAAUGUGUUUGUUGUGAAUCUGUACAGUUUUCAGUCUUUGUAUUAAAAAUAUAUUUAUUUCCUG